AGGAUGGCCUGUUUUGACUAUCUUGACCAAUUUCCAGGGUUUGCUUACACGAUUUUGAUAUUCUUUCGUGUGCUAUUCGCCUACUCAUACCUGAAUUCAUUUCACAAUCUUAGCAUUGUCUUGUAAGUCAUGUGUUGUAUCUUGUAUCUCGUGAAGAUGUAUUUGUAAAAUUUGCAGUUAAAAAAACUUCGCUAUAAGUUUUGCAGCAAACCACAUAAACAAGGUUCUAAAUUUGCAACCAGCAAUGCUAGGAACAAUAUUCUUUUUUUACUUCAUUAUAUUGACAUGCGGUUUUGAAUAUAGGUAUGAGAUAAGUGAUUUGGAUGAGAUUCCCAUACCUUGUAAUCCCCGAGUUGAUGGCCAAUGUUUUACGCGAAAUAUGGCAUUAUCCCAACAAAUUGAAGAAGAGUUUAAACUGAAUGAACCAUCACCAUACUUCCAUUAUAACACCUGUCCAGAGGGGAUAGAGUAUGGCCAGCUGGGCUUACAAUUGAAAAUCAAUAAGAGAUACGAUAACCCCAGUCUAAUGUCAAAGUAUUACCUAUUAUACGGUAAGGUUGAAGCCGAUAUCAUGGCAGCUCCUGGCCAAGGAAUAAUCCUGUCAAUUUAUUUACAAAGUGACGACUUAGAUGAAAUAGACAUAGUUGAGAUUUUUGGUGGUAAUCCUUAUUCCGUACAAUCGAAUUUUUUCAUUAAAGGAAACAUCACCACUUAUGAUCGAGGAGAGUAUCAUCUGGUGAAUGAGUCACCAAUGGGUCAAUUCCAUCGGUAUGGUAUUGAAUGGACCCCCAACAAGAUGACCUGGACCCUUGAUAAUCAAGUGAUACGCGUGGUACCCAAAGAGAACCCUUAUGGAAUUCCUGAUUCUCCAAUGGCACUUAAGUUCAGUUUAUGGGCUGGGGGAGACGAGUCUAAUGAGCCGGGGACUAUAGAAUGGGCAGGCGGAGUAUCUACUUAUAAUGACGUUCCCUACAUAAUGCGAGUGAAAAAUGUUUAUAUGAAUGACUAUUCCACCGGGACAGAAUAUUGUUAUGGGAAUUCGCUCAAAUUGAAUCAAUGGCUAGAUACUACGGCUAGAAACGGUGUAAUU